AUGCUGCUAGAGGAAGAUGGCUCCGGACUGGACGAGCUUGAGUCUGCGGUUGAGCUGCUGCUUGCGGAAUUGGUCUCGGAAUCGGUCGUUUGCGAACUUGAGCUUGAUAUAUCAUCAGUGGUUGACGAGCUGGUAUCAGAGUAUGUUUGGGAUGCUGCGGCAAUUGAUGAUGACUCUGAAGGCGUAGCCGUCUCGGAAAGAGAGGACUGA